AUGCUUCCGGAAUCGCAACGGAGAGGAAGUUGCAAACCCUGCCGCGAGAGCCAGGCUCAGUGCGACAAGAAGAAGCCGCGGUGCAGCGAGUGUGUAACGAACAACAAGCCCUGCGGAGGCUACGACAUGGGCCACAUCUUCAUCAACGUCAACUCAACCGGCCCGCCACCCGUCUGGAACCGUUCUCAGAAUGCGCAAAAGUAUCUGGUCCUGGAUAUGGCGUCUCAGCCAACACCCACGCAAGAACAGGUCCCCGUCAUACCAGCCACCUCGCUGCCCCCGACGUCCCUAGCAUUUUGUUCAAUGGGAGGUUCAUCGUCUAUGACCGCACUGGCACCGCCUGCGCUCCCGACAUAUCCAGUGCCGGACUCCGAUCCGAACAAUAUACCUGGAAUAGUUGAAUUAUUCCUCGACCUAUACUACAGACGCAAUGGCCUCGAGAAGACGUCGACCGACCUGCUGUCCAUCGGCAACGAAUGUGGAGGCUGGAGAUCGCUACUCCCAUACUGGCUGGGCCAGUCACCCAUCCUCGAUACGGCCAUCGGAGCGCUGGCUGCGUCUUUCGUGGGAACGCAGUAUGAAGACGAGAGCCUGAUCGACCAAGGCAGGAAUAUGUAUUUGAACGCACUCCAAAUGGUUCAGCAUGCGCUUCCGGAGCCUGAUUCCUCAGAUCGAAAGGACUUAUUGGCAACGACGCUCGUAAUGAGCUCCACGGAGCUUUUCUUGUCUAACGGCGGAGGCCCAAGCCAGCUUACGCACAUUGAGGGCGCGACGCGUCUCCUCCACGGCGCCUUCAAGAGCAUGGACUUCGAAGAAAUCCAUGUUUACAUUUUGAACCAGGGCCUCUUCGAAUCGAUUUCGACCAGGCGUCGCUACGCCUUCUCGUCUCCCUCAUGGCGCCCGUUGAUCCGCCAGUUGUACUCAGUUCCCCGAACAAGCCGCAACGAUCUGUACUUCCAGUGGUGCGAGACCAUUCUACCACUGCCGAACAUCCUCAGCGCCGCCGACAGCGUUACCACUUCCGCGGCAUCCUCGCGUACGUCUACACCCACACCUGCCUCCGCCGUUCUCGGUAUUCUCGACGACCUCACGACGCUGGAACAGUCAUUAGCGCCCUGGAGUGAGCUGCUGAAAGCCAACACACCCGGCCCAUGGACCUUCCCGGCCGCCCAAAUCAGCGCGGAUUCGGUCCCGUUCCCUCUCCAAUUCGUUUCGAUCGAAGUAUGCACGCUUUUCUGCCUUCAUUGGGCGUCCCAGCUCCUGAUCCUCGACGCGCGCCACGCACUCCACGCGCACCUUCCACUUUCUGAAAUCCCCGAACACCCCUCCCCCGCUACUCUUCUUCCCCAAAUGACCGAAUACGCAUCGCUCAUCUGCCGCUCGAUUCAAUUCUGCACCCAGAAUACGUCUUUCGCUUCGACCGAAAACAUGUUCCUCCCUCUCUUUGUAGUAGCCAGCUACUACAUGCGAAACGGAGACGAGGACAGGAUGAAGUGGUGCGUCGGCGCCUUCAGUCGCAUAGCUUCGGAGCAGAAGAUUGGGUACGCCAUCGAGAAGCUUGACCUCACUGAGCGGAGAGUCAACGUUGGCGUGUACAACUUCGGCGGUGUAUGGGACGAGGCAUGA